AUGUUCAAAUCAGCAUUAACUAGAACCAUUAACCCUACUGCUUCAAGGUUGUUUUCAACUACCCCAAGGGUCUUGGGAACUAAGGUAUUCUUCCAAACUUCAAUUGACGGAGAAUUGCAACCACCAAUUAAAUUUGAAUUAUACGAUGAUGUUGUUCCUAAAACAGCAGAAAACUUUAAAGUUUUAGCUACUGGUGAAAAGGGAAUUGGAUACAAGGGAUCAAUAUUCCACAGAAUCAUUCCCCAAUUCAUGUUGCAAGGUGGAGAUUUCGAAACUGGAAAGGGGUAUGGAGGUUACUCUCCAAUUUGGGGUAAGAAAUUUGAAGAUGAAAACUUUGACAAGAAGCACAAUAAACCUGGUUUAUUGUCUAUGGCCAAUGCUGGACCAAACACAAAUGGUUCUCAGUUCUUUAUCACUACCGUACAAACUCCAUGGUUGGAUGGACACCAUGUUGUCUUUGGAGAAGUGAUUGACGGGUACGACGUUGUUAAGAAAAUUGAGAGUUAUGGAACCCAAUCGGGAACCCCAACUGCCAAGGUUGUCAUUGAAGAUUCCGGAGUUGAAGAGGAAUAA